CUGGGCACUGCUUAAACCAGCCAGUUGCUGAGUGCUGCGAGUGAGAGGAGCCAAGAGUCAACAGAAGCUGCCAGGAAUUGGAGCUACAGAAGGAUCCUCGGGACAGGUUGAAAGUGGUAGCUGCAGAAGUAGCAGCUAAGGCGGUUGACAAAAUGCUGGCUACCUUGGCACUGCUCACGUCCUUCCUCUCGAUCUUGUAUCUGACCGCUCCAUCCAUCAGGAAAUUCUUUGCUGGUGGAGUUUGUACAACAAAUGUCCAGAUCCCAGGGAAAGUAGUGGUCAUCACAGGUGCCAACACAGGCAUUGGCAAGGAGACGGCCAGAGAGCUUGCUCGAAGAGGAGCACGAGUAUACAUUGCAUGUCGAGACGUGCUGAAGGGAGAGUCUGCUGCUAGUGAAAUCCGAGCAGAUACCAAGAACUCCCAGGUGCUAGUGCGGAAAUUGGACCUAUCUGACACCAAAUCCAUCCGAGCCUUCGCUGAGGGCUUCCUAGCAGAGGAAAAGAAGCUCCAUAUUUUGAUCAACAAUGCAGGAGUGAUGAUGUGUCCAUAUUCUAAGACAGCAGACGGCUUUGAGACCCAUUUUGGAGUCAACCACCUGGGCCACUUUCUUCUUACAUACCUGCUUUUGGGGAGGCUGAAGGAGUCUGCUCCCGCACGGGUGGUCAACCUAUCCUCAAUAGCCCACCUUGGUGGCAAGAUCCGUUUCCAUGACCUCCAAGGCGAGAAGCGAUACUGCAGUAGUUUUGCCUAUAGCCACAGCAAGCUGGCCAAUGUGCUUUUUACUAGAGAACUGGCUAAGCGGCUCCAAGGGACCGGAGUCACAGUCUUUGCGGUUCACCCAGGUAUUGUCUUGUCUGGGAUCACCAGGAACUCCUACCUGCUGUGCUUGUUAUGGCGGCUCUUCUCACCCUUCUUCAAGUCCACUUGGCAAGGGGCUCAGACCAGCCUGCACUGCGCCCUGGCGGAGGGCCUGGAGCCCCUGAGCGGAAAGUACUUCAGUGACUGCAAGAGGAUGUGGGUAUCCCCAAGGGCCCGGAACAAGAAAACAGCUGAGCGCUUGUGGAAUGUCAGCUGUGAGCUUCUAGGAAUCCAGUGGGAAUAGUUGGCCCGAAGACCAGGGCCUCUUCAGGCCUAAUCCAUGCCAGGAAAAAGGGGACCAAAGAGAAGGCUGACCUGAAAGGACUAUCCACCUGGCUUGCUGCUGCUGUGACUCUGGCCUGCUAAGAACCUUCUGGAACCCUGUAUACACACAACAUUUUUGUGAGGCAGGGUCGUAGUACAGGAUGACAGUCACACUUCUAGAUCAUGCUCAAAAGCUUAGAGAAUCCACAGCUCUCUGGGGCAAGAGAGCUGAACAUGGGGGUGGUAGAGGAUCCUGGGAAGUUGGAUCAGUUUCCUCUCUAGUACCACUGACAUGAGCGUAUAGGCUCAUAGGAGCACCAGCAUCACACGUUUCUAUGCACUCACACUCUAGAUUGGACUCUUUAUCUUUGAAAUGAAAUGCUAGUCACAACCCUGGAGUCUGGACCAACUCAGGAAGAAGUAGCUUCCUUUGGCCAAGCUUCAUUUCUUCCUUGAAGCAUCCCGGAGACAUUGCAUGAAGCUGGGCCUUCCCGUUUUAGCACUGUAUAGAUUUUUUCCCCCUAAACCAUUUUCUUUACCUCAAUUUUUAGAGAAAUAAAGAUUUAUGUUCAUCUCA